UUUUUUUCCCUAUUUUUCCCUUCAAUUCUUUUUUUUAUUUACCAGAACAUUUAGUAAAUGUCAUAUGUUUCCAUUCAAUUUAUUUCCAUCAAUUUGUCAUGUUUCCGUUAAAUGUACUUUUCUAUGGCCAAAUAAAUAUUUUGGCCUUCCUUCAAUUUUGAAAGGAAAGAAAAAAAUUUUUUUUUGGUUCAAAAGUUUUCUAUUUUCUACGUCAUUUAUUUUUUUUCUUUUUUUUUGUGAUCUCUGA